AUGAGCAACGGAUUUAUUUACCAGCAAUCGGGCAUUGUUCCAGAGCAUCCUGACAUCCAUUGCAGUACAAAGGACCACGCGGCGGACCAAUUGGGUGCCCAAGCGACUGAUUCCCCGAAGAUCGCAAAUCAGACCGGCGACUUUCCCAAAAAAUCAAUCGGUCGACUGCCUGACGAUGAUGGGUCCCCUGUGGUAUAUCCGAUCACCCAUAUGGCUCGUCACUCCGUCAGCCCCUCGGUCUCCGUAAAGAGACCUUAUUCAGCGGGGGCUGUUCCAGAAAACUCAGACUCGGAGGAUCUGAGCAAUCUAGGCUUCGCUGCAGGAGGGAGUAUGGAGGCUGCGUCACCUCACUUCGUAAAAUGUCACCAGCAGAAAUUAAAGACCCGACAACGACGUUCGGCCCACAUGCUAGGCCCCUCCGGCAGUCGGAUAGCAGGCGAAAUCGGAAAUCACAAAAGUAGUCCGCCUGAGAGCGAUACGCGACUGCCUAGAUUUUCAGCAAGCUCCGCUGACGACCUUGCCGGGAGGUGGCGACAAAUGGUGUCGCAACCCAAUGCGCAACAGAUGCGUGGAAGCGAUGUUCAGCAUGGAAGUGUAUCGACACUUCAGCCAAGUGUCAGGCAAGAGAAACUCGCUGCGCGGCCCAAGGGGCAACCAGCAGAACCCGUGGAAGGAUUGAGCUUUGAUCAGAAAUCCGCUGGAGGUGACUCUGCGGUAGCCGGAGGUACAGCAUCACAUGGGAUCUUCCUACAGCCAGAAACUCAUCCUAUAACAGAAGAGCAAUUGAUCAAUGAAGUGCGCGGAAUCUACGCCGGGCUAGUCAUGGUGGAGAAGAAAUGCAUUGAAAUCGACAAGCAACAGUCCGAGUCGAAGACUCCGCUGUCCCCAGUCCAAUGGCAGGCCCUGAUUGCCUUGCAUCGAACGCUGCUGAACGAGCAUCACGACUUCUUUCUAGCAUCACAACAUCCGUCCGCGAGUCCUGUACUCAAAAGGCUAGCAGAGAAAUAUGCCAUGCCGGCUCGUAUGUGGCGUUAUGGGAUCCAUUCCUUCCUCGAACUACUACGCCACCGGCUUCCUGACUCCUUGGAGCAUAUGCUGACUUUCAUUUACAUGGCUUACUCGAUGAUGACUCUGCUAUUCGAAAGUGUCCGCGCAUUUGAAGACACGUGGAUCGAAUGCCUGGGAGACUUGGCGCGAUACAGAAUGGCAGUAGAAGAGGUGGACGUGCGAGACCGCGAGAUCUGGGCUGGCGUCGCCAGAUAUUGGUACAACAAGGCGGCGGAUAAGAAUCCUGAUGUUGGCAGGAUACAGCAUCACCUCGCCGUCCUCGCUCGUCCGGAUGUAGUCCAGCAGCUGUUCUACUAUACGAAGUCUUUAGUCAGUGUGCAUUCUUUUCCAAGCACAAGGGAAAGCAUACCAUCAUUGUUUAAUCCUCUUCUGAAUGCGCCAAAAGCUCAUCACCACUAUCCGCUCAUUGCGGCUUUUGUUUUGGCUCAUGGCUAUCUCUUCUAUCGCAACCCAUCACCUCAGUUCUCCAGAUCAGCGGAGGAAUUCUUGACACACUUGGAAACUCAUGUCGGCCGAAUGGGGGCCGCCUUUAAGAUGCAAGGUGUCUAUAUGUCGUCGUGCAAUUUCGCAGCCAUAUUCGAAUACAAUCACCCUGACGCCGCCUUACCCGCCAAGUUCCACCCGCGGGAAACCCAUCAUGGGAGGCCUGCUUUGGAGACCCAACCGACGCCUGCAAAAACCUCGACUUCCGCUUGUGACGUCCCUCUGACAGCGGAUGGGUCAAUGGCAUCCCCAGAUGGUCGAAGGUAUUCGCCACUAAGUCUUUACGCGUCGUGCCUGACGUUUCAAACAUUGUCUGUCCUUCUUGACCAGAUCGGAAACAAGAACGUUUAUCCCACAGUGCAUAUCUCGAUGGCCUUCCUUUGGUGCCUAGCACUUAACGGCAGAAGCAGCAUGGAGUAUAUCGAAGCUUUCGUUCCGUGGAGAAAAAUCGCCAUCUUUCUCAAUACCAUGAUUCGCGAUGACGUAGACAUUCAAAUUUUCGAAGGUCCCCAUUUCCCUACGGUGGAAGAGAGAAAGCAAUUGCCGGAGGACUUUUUCAUACGUGGUCAAAUCUGGAGUCAGCAUUAUUUCCCACCUCGUUUUUUUGAGGAUUCUCUCAUUGAAGAUGAGGGGCGUUUCAUUGAGCUACCGUCUCUGAAUGUUUCCAGGAUGUACAGGUGCCUUUGGCUGGGAAUGAAGCUGGCGACGGUCUCCCGAAAGUUUUCGGUGACACCCUUUGCGCUUCGACUUGAGAAACUUGCGGAGCAGCACAAUCCCUUCAAAGCCGCAGCGCCGCAGCCGGGGCCCCAUGAUUUGGAAAUGCCUGACACUUGA